AUGGCGACGGUCUUUGACGGCAUUUCCCAGCAGCUGGAUUUCUCACAUUUUGGAGAUGAUGGGAGCAGCAGUGAAAAUAGUUCAGACGAUGGCCCAGCGAGGUUCUCCAGAAUCGUCAGUCCUAGCUCUGUGUGCAGGACUCCCAGGAUCCACCGUUGUCGAACCAUCAUCCCAUCCCCAUCCAUAGAGCCCAACAACACUAUACCUUAUAUCGCCUGGAGGAAACUUAGACUUUGUGACUCUCCCAACACACCCAAGAGUCUGUUGUCCAUGUCAUCCAGGCCUUUCUGCAGCAGUAAGAGAAGUCACAGUCAGAGGGGUCUGCGUUUUGUCACAGCCUCUGCCGGCACCCCACAGUGCGGCUGUCGGGUGCCCUCUGUUAAUGUGAACCCCUUCACCACUGACAUAGUUCGCAGAUGCAGUGAGAACCACAAGCAGAAGAAUUGUUGGAGUGAUGAUGAUGAUGAGGAUGAUGAUGAUUAUGGACAAAGAUUGAAACACAGCCUUGCAUCAUCAGAAGAGGACGACGAAGCGUUUCUUCCACCAAAGAAGCAGGCUGUUCAAGCAUUAAUGCUGUCACGCUAUGAGAGUGAGUUCCUGGAGCUGGAGUGCAUUGGCAAAGGAGAAUUCGGAGCCGUCUUCAAGUGUCUGAAGAGGCUGGAUGGCUGCUUGUAUGCCAUCAAACGCUCUCGCUGGCCACUUGCAGGCUCUGCCAAUGAGCAGUUGGCCCUAAAAGAGGUGUAUGCACAUGCUGUUCUUGGGCAUCAUCCACAUGUUGUUCGCUAUUAUUCAGCAUGGGCCGAAGAUGAUCACAUGAUUAUUCAGAAUGAGUACUGUGAUGGUGGGAGUCUCUAUGAUGCCAUUGUGAAGAAGGCGCUGCAAGAUGAACUGUUUUCAGAAGCCGACUUGAAGGACCUUCUUCUACAGGUCUCCAUGGGUCUUAAGUACAUCCAUGGCUCAGGCCUAGUUCAUUUGGACAUCAAACCUGGUAAUAUAUUCAUCUGUCAGAAGCCCGGUACAAGUGUAGUUUUUGAUGGGGAGAGUGAGGAGGACGAUGACGGCGGCUCUUCACCAGGAGUCAUUUACAAAAUUGGGGACCUUGGUCAUGUGACAUCUAUAAAUAGUCCUCAAGUGGAAGAGGGGGACAGUCGCUUUCUGGCCAUUGAGGUCUUGCAUGAGGAUUACAGCCAUCUCCCGAAGGCAGACAUCUUUGCUCUUGGCCUUACUGUGCUGCUAACAGCUGGGGCUCCCCCUCUGCCUCAAAAUGGAGAUAAGUGGCAUAACCUCAGAAAGGGUCAGCUACCAAGCCUGCCACAAGAGCUCUCACUUCCCUUCAAAAGCCUCAUUCAGUUGUUGCUGGAUCCUGAGCCGACAAAACGUCCUUCCGCCAAGGCACUUUGCAAGCACCCAGUCCUGGGAAAGGAGAGAACUGAGAGACUGGCUGCUGAGCUCAGAAAAGAGCUCAACGUGGAAAAGUUCAGGACAGCCAUGCUUGAGAAGGAGCUCAAUGAGGCUCGUUUGUCAUCUCAACAGACCCCUUCCCCUAAACUACAGCUCCAUUUAAAGACAGGCUCUCUAACAGGAAGAAGGCUAGUUGGUAGAAAAACUGUCCGAUCCAUGAGCUUUGACUGCCCAGGGUAUAAUAUCUGAUGUGUCAUUGUUAAGCCUAGAUGCCUUUUGCUUUUAUCUCACCCGAUGUUACAGUUCCAUUUAUGACCAUUUUGCAUCCCCUCCUAAUAGGCUUAAAAUAUUUUUUUAUUGCAUCAAAUGGCCAUAACCCAAGGAACGUGAAAUGACCAAACAUAAAGUAAAGGACUUGGGUGGCUGUGAUUGAAAUAACUGGAUGGCUCCUUUUUACAUGUUUACUUGUCCAGCCACUUGGCACACCAAGGACCAGUAUCCUGGACACAGGUUAAGCCUAGUCCUGGAUUAAACUCAAUUUCAAAUGGAGAUUCUCCAUACAAAAGUCAAUUUAGUCCAGGACUAGGCUUAAUCUGUGUACAGGGAAAUGGCCCCAAAAAUUUUGGAAAGCCACGUAUUUAACUGUGAUUAUAAUCAGUCCUCCUUUUAUCCUUUGAAACCAGAGGCAUUGUGGGGUGAUUGAUAUGGUCAUAACCACUGCGGAUAACUUGUGAAUGUAACCUCAUGAGGAUUUUUUUUUUACAAU